CUCUCCCUCCGUCUCUGUUAGUCUCGUCCACAGAAGGCCUCAUACUAUCCACAGAUGUAACAACACCUUUAAACCUCCACAAAACCCUCUCUAUCUCCCUCGGUAAUGGCGAAUCCGUCUUCUUCUCCAUGCUUCUGAGCGCUGCUUCGCCGAGCCCCAUCAGUUGAUUCAUGGCUGCAGCGAGCGCCCCUCCGCCUCCAAUCUCGACGCCGAAGCGCCUCUCCCUCCGCUACCCCUCUCGUUCCAGACUGGGAUGGCUUCCGGCCCCCAAGUGCCCUUUCACAAGAGGGAAUCCGCGAUUGAUCUUCUCGCUCAGGAACACCGCCUUCUACACCGAGGGGGCCGUCGCCCCCCGGUUAGAGAGGCCUGAGGCCGAGCCGGACGACAUUGCUAUCCUCAACGAGAGGAUCCGAAGGGAGCAUAAGCGCAGGGAGGGAGCCAACAACGGAAGCUCGAUGGACUCCGUCGAGGCCGAUAAGUACAUCAAGCUGGUGAAGGAGCAGCAGCAGAGGGGCUUGCAGAAGCUCAAGGGGGAUAAACAUGGCAAUGUGGGCGGGUUCGGGUACCAGGUUGAUCCCUACACGCUUCGGCCUGGGGAUUAUGUUGUGCAUAAGAAGGUUGGGAUUGGGAAGUUCGUCGCCAUCAAGUUCGACGCGCCAAAGGACUCAUCCUCGGGCCCCAUUGAGUAUGUCUUCAUCGAGUAUGCUGAUGGCAUGGCUAAGCUUCCUGUCAAGCAGGCAUGCCGGAUGCUGUACCGCUACAAUCUUCCAAAUGAAACAAAAAAGCCACGAGCAUUGAGCAAGCUGAGUGACCCUACUACAUGGCAAAGGAGAAGGAUAAAAGGGAAGAUUGCUGUUCAGAAAAUGAUUGUUGACUUGAUGGAACUAUACUUGCAUAGGCUGAAACAGAAAAGGCCACCAUAUCCAAAGAGCCCAUCCAUGGCUGAAUUUGCAGCUCACUUUCCUUAUAAGCCUACCCCAGACCAAAAACAGGCAUUUAUUGAUGUUGAAAGAGAUUUGACAGAAAGAGAAACUCCAAUGGACAGGUUGAUCUGUGGAGAUGUUGGCUUUGGUAAAACAGAAGUAGCAUUGCGUGCUAUUUUCUGUGUUGUCUCUGCCGGAAAACAAGCUAUGGUUCUCACACCAACUAUUGUUUUAGCCAAACAACACUUUGUUGUAAUUUCUGAGAGGUUUUCUCAGUAUCCUCAUAUAAAGGUUGGGCUGCUGAGCAGAUUUCAGACUAAGGCAGAGAAAGAAGAGUAUAUUUCAAUGAUUAAAAGUGGACAUUUGGAUAUUAUUGUUGGAACCCAUGCACUUCUCGGGAACCGUGUGGUCUACAACAAUCUGGGCCUGCUUGUUGUUGAUGAGGAACAGAGAUUUGGAGUCAAACAGAAGGAGAAGAUUGCAUCAUUCAAGACUUCAGUUGAUGUUCUCACACUGUCUGCAACUCCUAUUCCACGUACUCUUUACCUGGCAUUGACUGGAUUCCGUGAUGCUAGUUUAAUUUCAACACCACCUCCAGAAAGAGUUCGUAUAAAGACCCACUUGUCAUCUUAUAGUAAAGAGAAGGUCUUAUCAGCAAUUAAGUUUGAGCUGGAUCGAGGUGGUCAAGUUUUCUAUGUUUUACCCCGAAUUAGAGGAUUGGAAGAAGUAAAAGAUUUUCUUGAGGAUUCAUUCCCCAAUGCUACAGUUGCAAUUGCUCAUGGAAAGCAAUACUCAAAGCAGCUGGAAAAAACAAUGGAGAAGUUCUCUCUUGGAGAAAUCAAGAUUCUUAUUUGCACCAAUAUAGUUGAAAGUGGACUAGAUAUCCAAAAUGCAAACACCAUAGUAGUUCAGGACGUUCACCAAUUUGGCCUGGCUCAAUUGUAUCAGCUUCGAGGAAGGGUUGGACGAGCGGAUAAAGAAGCUUAUGCAUAUUUAUUCUAUCCUGACAAAUCGUUGUUAUCCGACCAAGCUACGGAAAGACUUGCUGCUAUUGAGGAGUAUGGGGAUCUAGGGCAAGGCUUUCAUCUUGCAGAGAGAGAUAUGGGAAUAAGAGGAUUUGGGAAUAUAUUUGGCGAACAACAGACUGGUGAUAUUGGGAAUGUUGGUAUUGACCUUUUCUUUGAGAUGCUCUUUGAGAGCUUAUCUAAGGUUGAAGAGAAUAGACUCCUUUCAGUUCCUUAUAACAGAGUUCAGCUUGAUAUAAAUAUAAAACCACACCUCUCCUCUGAAUACAUAACUUAUCUUGAUAAUCCUUUGGAACUUAUCAAAGAGGGUGAGAGGGCUGCAGAAAAUGACAUGUGGAGUUUAAUACAAUUUACUGAGCAAUUGCGACAACAAUAUGGAAAAGAACCUCAUUCCAUGGAGUUAUUGCUUAAGAAACUUUAUGUGAGGCGAAUGGCAGCAGAUCUUGGUAUUAGUAAGAUAUAUACAGGUGGGAAGACGGUUAUUAUGGACACAAAAAUGAGCAAGAAGGUCUUCAAGCUUAUGACAGAAUCGAUGACCUCUGAUAUAUAUCGUAAUUGUCUUAAUUUCACUGGGAACGAAAUUAAGGCUGAGCUUCUUUUGGAGCUACCAAAGGAGCAACUUCUUAACUGGAUUUUCCAGUGCCUGGCAGAGUUUUAUGCAGUGUUGCCUGCUCUUGUGAAAUACUAGUAUCUCAUAUCAUAAAUAGAGACAAAUCUUAGACCUUGCACUGUGAUUGCAUUGUCGUGGAAAUUUAUAUAUAACAAAAAGGAUGCCCAACUUUUCCAUGAAGAUAACAUGGUAGCCUGCUGCAUUUUACAUUUCUGGAGUUCAUCACAUUGCAAACAAGUUUCUACCGAGAGUUGAUGCCAGUUGUACAGUUCAUUAUACCCCAGAAGCUCAUAGCUACAUUGUCAGGAAUCCUGAUACAAGUUCUCUGUGGUCAGAGAAUCAAAACAGCUGCCCUGAUACAUGGACACUGGAACUUACUGAGUUUGAUUAAACUCUAAUGCUGCUCCCUGUAAUCCAGAGUUUACCACUGAAAGCUGUUUUUGGAUGCUAAUUCUUUAUGGCGAUGAGUACCAUAUGGAUAUACACUGGAAACUAGUGAUGCUACGUCUUUUUUCUCAAUUCUCUGGUACCUCUGCUGAACAAGAUCCUCAAGUAUUCUCUCAUUGUAAGUGCUGUUAUAUUAACUUUUAUUAUGCCUAGUGGGUAUCAAUCAACAUCUUCGAAACAGCUAUUGUAUAUUCAUUCUUAUUAACACGAGGUACUGCAAGUACACUGAUAUUCUUGUUAUAGAAAGAUUUUUUGGAUUUUACUUA